GCUGAAAGGCAAAACUUGCGUGUCGUGUGCAGCAGUCCGACGGUCCGACCAGUCCGACUACUAAGGAGCGUUGAGUAGCAGGCUGGCAUUAGUAGCACAGUAUUGCACACAGUAACUGAGAUUUCACUACCAGCUGUUGUGAGUUGUCAUGUCGGCAGGAGGACUAAGCGAUGCCACCCAAGGCAAGCCAAUCCAGUGCAAGGCUGCAGUUGCCUGGGAACCUUCAAAGCCACUGACGAUCGAGACUGUUGAAGUUGCCGUGCCAAAGGAGGGAGAAGUUCGAAUCAAGGUUCUGCACACGGGUGUCUGCCACACAGAUGCUUACACUCUUGAGGGCUUGGAUCCUGAAGGCAUGUUUCCAUGCAUCUUGGGCCAUGAGGGAGGUGGCAUUGUGGAGAGUGUUGGGCCAAAUGUCAAGGGCUUCAAACCAGGAGAUCAUGUUAUUCCACUGUACAUUCCCCAGUGCAAAGAGUGCAAGUUCUGCAAGCACCCCAAGACGAACUUGUGUUCCAAAAUUCGAACAACUCAGGGCCGUGGUCUUAUGCCUGAUGGCACAACACGCUUUACAUGCCAAGGAAAGAAUGUCUACCACUUUAUGGGCACCAGUACCUUUUCUGAGUACACUGUGGUGGCUGACAUCUCCCUCUGCAAGAUUGAUCCUGCUGCACCUCUGGACAAGGUGUGCCUGCUGGGCUGUGCUGUGUCCACAGGAUAUGGUGCUGCCCUCAACAUUGCUCGUAUCACAAAGGAUAGCACCGUAGCCAUCUGGGGGCUGGGUGCAGUUGGCCUCUCGGUUGCCAUGGGCGCCAAAGAACGUGGGGCCAAAACCAUCAUCGGGAUAGAUAUCAAUGAAGCAAAGUUUCCCAAAGCCAUGGAUUUUGGUUGCACGGAAUGCAUCAACCCAAAUAAGUUGACUUUGCCCAUUACCCAGCACCUGAUUGAGAAGACAGAUGGUGGUCUUGACUUCACCUUCGAGUGCAUUGGCAAUGUCGACAUCAUGAGGGUUGCCCUUGAAUCGUGCCACAAGGGCUGGGGCGAGUCAAUUAUAUUAGGGGUGGCAGCAGCUGGAAAGGAGAUAUCAACAAGACCAUUCCAGCUGGUCACUGGCCGUGUAUGGCGUGGCUGCGCUUUUGGAGGAUGGAAGAGUGUUGACCAGGUUCCUGAGUUGGUGGACCGGUACUUGAAGAAGGUGAUAAAGCUGGAUGAAUUUGUGAGCUACACAAUGCCACUGGAGAAGAUCAACGAUGCCUUCAAGCUUAUGCACGAUGGCCUUGCAAUCCGUUCCGUCAUAAACUUCUGAGGCUGCAGCAAAAAAAGGUGCACAUUCGUCAGCGUCUUCCAGCGUUAUACUGAAUGCAGUAAAUCCAUGUAUCGCUCUGGCACAGAGCAUCAAACUACUUCAUGUCCCAACUGAAAACAAAGGUGGAAGAAGCCACACCCUCAGUUCCGCUGCUUCUGUCCCUUGUUACUCUUAUCAUUGUGCUUCAAUGGAUUUUCAACCAUCCAGUGCAUGGGCCUUGCUUUAACAGUGUCUAGUAUGUGGGAAUAAGGAGACCUCUUCAGUUGUCAUGAGACUGACUCAAACAAACAAAUAAAUAAAUAAACACUUUAUUUUCUUUAA